AUGGAGCUGGGGCAAUGUGCUGACCCGCCCUGCCGUUUUAAGAAUGGCAGUGGUCACGUGAACGCCACUUCUGAGGUCUUCAGCAACACCAGCGACAUCUUGGUGACUUCCUUGCUGGGAUGCAUUCUGACCGCCAUGUGCCUCAUCGGGAUGGUUGGAAACAUCUACACACUGGUGGUCGUCAACCUCUCCGUAAGAUUGACUGGCUCAAUGUACAUUUACAUUGUCAACUUGGCCUUGGCAGACCUCCUGUAUCUCUCCACCAUUCCUUUCGUAGUCUGGACUUACUUCAUGAAGGACUGGUACUUUGGUGAUGUGGGAUGCAGGGUCCUCUUCAGCCUGGACCUGCUCACCAUGCACGCCAGCAUCUUCAUCCUCACCAUCAUGAGCACAGAGAGGUACCUGGCCAUCGCCAGACCCUUGGACGCUGUCCAGUGGCAGAGAGAUUACAGGAGGGUCAUCACCUGCUCGGCGUGGCUCGUCUCCUUCCUCCUCGCCUUGCCGACCAUGAUCCUCAUCGACCUGCGGACGAGCAGCCACGGCGGGGUGACCAAACGCAUGUGCCAUCCCACGUGGCAGAUGGAGGCGUACAAAGUCUACCUCACCAUACUCUUUAACACCAGCAUCUUGGCUCCUGGCCUGGUCAUUUGCUACUUGUACAUCAAGCUGGCCAGGACCUACUGGCGAUCUCAGGUGAACAUCUUGGGCAGCCACGACGUGAAGAGGUGCCCCAGGCAGAAAGUCCUGUACAUGAUCUUUAGCAUCAUCCUCGCCUACUGGACCUGCUUCAUCCCGUUCUGGCUCUGGCAGCUGCUCAGCAUCUACCACCAGCAGCUGGGCCACCUCAACAGCAGCACCGUGGUCUGCAUCAAUUUCCUCGUAACUUGCCUCGCUUACAGCAACAGCUGCAUCAACCCUUUCCUCUACACAUUGCUCUCCAAGAAUUACAAGGAAUACUUGCGGAGCCGGCCCAAGAACAGCAUCCUCCUCUCCAAGGUCAAGGCCAAGAAGGGCUCCUCAAGGAAGUCCAUGUGGUCUGCAAGCCAAGCGUACACAGAAAGCGUAGCCGUCGCUCAGAUUGAAGGCAUCAACUGCGGCGACGCCAUCUCCUUGUGA